UGCGGCUCCAGCCGUUUUCCUCCCCCGGGCUGCGCCAACUCGCGCCCGCCGGAGACGGAGACCUCGCGGCGCUCUGCCGGAGAACUCUGCUGUUCCGUCCUCGGGGCUCCCCGGGAGAAAGCCAAGUGCCCCCAGGUGAAGCCGGCGUCCCGGAACGGCCCCGGAACGCCCGCCGCCAGCUUGCACCUUCUGGGAACCGCGACCGCCGAGCGUUUUCCAGCGCCUGCAACGCAGGGCGCGCGGGGGGAGUGGGGUCCACUGCGUGGGAAGGGGCGACUAGGACACCGAUGAUGGACGCACCGACCUGGCGCGCGGGCUGUUGCUGUCUCCUCCUCCUGGCUCUCGUUGGGUCUACUCGGAGCCAGGACAUGCCCAGCUGCGAAGAAGUUCGGAAACUUUUCCAGUGGCGCCUGGUGGGAGGUGUCAAGGGGCUGCCGGAUUCGCCGCGGGCAGGACCAGAUCUUCAGGUUUGCAUAUCCAAAAAACCCACGUGUUGCACUAGGAAGAUGGAGGAGAGAUACCAGAUUGCAGCUCGCCAAGAUAUGCAGCAAGUGCUUCAAACAUCCAGCUCGACACUGAAGUUUCUAAUAUCACGAAAUGCUGCGGCUUUUCAAGAAACCCUGGAAACUCUCAUCAGGCAAGCAGAGAACUACACCAGCAUUCUCUUUUGCAACACCUACAGGAACAUGGCCCUAGAGGCAGCAGCUUCCAUUCAGGAGCUGUUCACUGAUGUGGGGCUCUAUUUAUUUGGUGCGGAUGUUAAUCCCGAAGAGUUCAUAAACCGAUUCUUUGACAGUCUUUUCCCUCUCGUCUACAAUCACCUCAUUAACCCUGGCGUGUCGGACACUUCCCUGGAAUAUUCGGAAUGCCUCCGGAUGGCCCGCCGGGAUGUCAGUCCCUUUGGUAAUAUUCCCCAAAGAGUAAUGGGGCAGAUGGGGAGAUCGCUGCUGCCGAGCCGCACGUUUCUGCAGGCACUGAAUCUAGGCAUUGAGGUCAUCAAUACCACAGACCAUCUGCACAUUUCCAAAGAGUGCAGCCGGGCCCUGCUGAGGAUGCAGUACUGUCCUCUCUGCCAGGGCCUGACUCUCAGCAAGCCUUGCAUGGGGUACUGCCUCAACGUCGUGAGAGGCUGCUUGGCACACACGGCAGAGCUGAAUCCGCACUGGCAUGCCUACAUCCGGUCACUGGAGGAGCUCUCAGAUGCCAUGCAUGGAACAUACGACAUCGAACAUGUGCUCCUGAACUUCCACGUGCUUGUUAAUGAUGCUGUGACGCAAGCUCACCUCGAUGGACAGAAGUUAUCGGAACAGGUCAAUAAGAUUUGUGGCCGUCCAAUCAGAACACCUACACAAAGCCCCCAUUGUUCUUUUGAAGGAAGCAAAGAGAAGCACGGGAUGAAGAUCUCUCCCAGAAACGAUGAAGAGACACUUGCCAACAGAAGAAAAGAAUUUAUCAACAGCCUUCGACUGUACAGGACGUUCUACGGAGGCCUGGCUGACGAGCUUUGUGUUAGCGAAUUAGCCGCUGCUGAUGGGCUGCCGUGCUGGAAUGGGGAAGACAUAGUAAAAAGCUAUACUCAGCGUGUGGUUGGCACUGGAAUCAAAGCCCAAUCUGGAAAUCCUGAAGUCAAAGUCAGAGGAACUGAUCCUGUGAUAAAUCAAAUUAUUGAUAAACUGAAGCAUGUUAUUCAGCUGUUACAGGGUAGGUCACCCAAACCCGACAAGUGGCAGCAUCAGACGGGCAGUGGCGGUGGCAUGGUUGAACAGGUCAGCGGGGACUGUGAUGAUGAAGACGGUUGUGGGGGAUCAGGAAGUGGAGAAGUCAAGAGGACCCUAAAAAUCACAGACUGGAUGCCAGAGGACGUGAACCUCAGUGACGUAAAGCAGACCCACCAGACAGGCCAAGGUAGUACGUUAGAUGCAACGGGAGCAGGAUGUUCAGCAGCAACUGAAGCUACGGCAUUUAUGCUGAUGGGUGUGGUAAUGUUCCUUCCUUGGCUUUGGUAACUGAACUCUUCCGCCCUGAUAUACCUGUCUUCUUGGAGUCCUGAUUUCUCCCCUGUCUUCACCUUAUUGGAAUAAUAAAUCUUUGUGAAUGUAACAAUUAUAUUUAUGGAAAGAUAUGUCACACUCACUUCUUAUAAGCCAAGUGGGAAUGUUCACAAAGUAUCUAGAAAUGAUAGGCUGUUUGAAAACAUGUCUUCUAGGAUUCUAACAAGUCUCCUUCAAUUCUAAUGUAUUAAACCUGCCAAUGUGAAGAGCACAGAAGAGACUUUGAAUGAGGAUUUAGUGUAUCUGUAAUUUUACUAUCUUUGAUUCUAAACUCUUUAUAAAAGCAAAAUGUCUUAAAUGGAAAGCAUAUUUGUAGAACAAUGAAAACAGCACAUAGUGUUUCUUACAAUAUUGAAAUUAGAAUUCCAUUAAAUGAAUCAAAACAAAUGAUGGCAAGUAGUAUGCAUGAAUUUUCAAGAGAGUCUUCCAUUUUUGCAAGCUAUAGGAAGAAAUUACUUGAAGUCUGCAAGUUAUAGAGUAGAUUGUUGAGGAGCAUUUCAUGUAAUUUCAUUGAAGCUUGAUAAAUUUUAUCCACCGUAACUUAGCCACAGACAAAACUUAACCUGAGUAUUUUGGUCGCAUCUGAGCUGUAUUUUAGUACAUUCAAAAUGCAUCUUUGGUAUUGAGGCUCUUUUCCCUCUUUGCCUAAUGGAUUUAGCCAUGUUGUAAACACACAUCUGCUCUGGGAAUAUCUCUAAGAAAGCUAUUAAUUAUUUAAUAGAUAACUUGCAAAGUGAUAUAUUCAUUCAUCCUUCAAAUAUUAUUUGCUAUUUUCUUAAAUCUUGAUAUUGAAUAAUUGACUAGCUAUACAUUUCUAAGGUUCCUAUGAAUAUCUAAAGACAUGUACUAAUACAGAAAAUGUAGCACACAAUGCUUUAGCUCUUUUUCUAUGCACAUAAGCAGAACUGCUAAUCCGCAGUCCCUGAUUUCCCAGUUGUGAUAAGAUGCCUCAGCAGACCCCGAUUAGGAUAUGUCUAUCGUUGUACUUAAGGAUGAAGUGAUAAGUUAGCUUUUAUUUAGAAGUAGCAUAGCCAGUUGGUAACCAGAAAAUAUUAUUAAUACAAAGUGACGGAAUUGAAAAGAGAAGGGCUGAAUUUGUAAAUGUUUUAAAAAUCAAAGAAAUUUGAAAUGACCUCUGAGGAAAAGUCAAAGAGGACUCAAUCGACGGCAAAUAUUUGUAAGGUGAAAUCAAUCUCUCCAAAUCAGGAAACAGUAUAUGAUCAAAUCAUGUUCUCUCAUGGGUUCUAAAUUAAUCAAAUGAUCUGACAAUGGUCAAUUUAAACUACGGUAUGUUUAAACUGCCAAAUCAGAUUUUAUUGCCUGUUUAAAACCUGCCAGGUCUGACUGUCUUUUCCGUAGGCUUCCAUUCCAGAUCUUAUGAUUUAUCUCAUGAUCUACUUGGUUUAUAACUCAUUUGCACCACCACGCUCCACAAAUUAUAAACGUCAACUCAUAUUUGUCUAAUUUUUAAGCUCAGCUCGUUAUUUAAAUAAACAUGGAAUACGAAGUCACCCAUUUGUGACACUCCUGCCCAAGUCAUGUUUGGUUUGCUCUGGCAAAAGUUCUUUCCCAACCUUAGAGGAAUUUGGAAGACAAACUGAAGGGAAUAGUUCAGCAGACUAAAAUGUUUCUGGAUUAAAUAAUAUUAUGGGAAAUAAUUUUCAAGGUGGCAGGAGAUUUAUAAAAGAAGAGUGGUAACCACAUCAAUAGUAUGAAUGAACUUUUUUAUCAACUAAAUUUUACAUCCUCAAAUGAGUGUUGUCUACCUUCAGCUAGGCACACUAGAGACCAUACACCUCAUAACAUUGCUCCUCUAGCUUAAAACAUACGUAGGCUUUUAGAAUUCCUUUAAGAGCCUAAGGCAUAUUUUCUAAUAUUCUCAAUGAGGAUAUUCAUUCUUUAAUACUCUACUCCAUAGCGCUUGUCUGUUUGACCAGCUCUUCAUAAUUUAAAACUCUUUCAAAUGAAACAGAGUAGCCCAUUUAACCUUCCUUAUCCCUCAAGAAUGGGCUCAUUUUUUUGGCCAAUUAAAAACCGCAACACUGAGGUGUUUCGUUUUUUUUUUUUUUUAAAUAUGGCUCAAAAUGCUUUUCUGAAGUCUUCCAUAAGUCUAAAAAGCUUUGAUCAAUGGUAAGAUUUUUUAAUAUGUGUCUACCUUCUAAGAGGACUUAAAGGAUAACAUCCAAAUGAAUGUAUACAUUUUGCAAUAUCACAGCUUUAUACUCAUCUCUUUUGUUUCAAUCAUUUAAACAAAGGCUUUUGUUAAAUCCGAGUUAUUUUUAUAUAAAUUUACAUGAUCCUGGAACGGUAUAGUGUUAUGUACAUAUUAGAGAAGAAUCAGUUAACGAUCUGAGCUAACACUUAUGUGGCUAUUUCUCUUUAUAGCACCAUGAUCAGUGCUUUUAUGCAUAAUCUCCUUUGAUGCUCCCAAUGACAUUAUCACCUCCACUGUAUCGAUGAGGAUACUGAGGUACACAAAUAUUAUGUAAUUUGUCUGGUGUCAUACAGCUCAUCACAGUAGAAUCAGAUGGGUGAACGUAAUGUCUCCAAGUAAACUGUAUAUGAUCCUGGUUCAAAGAUAGGAGAGCUCUGGAACAGUAAUAAAGAAUCAUGAGGUUAGCAAAAAAAUUACUCAGAGGUACUUUAGGUCUCCAAAAUUGGAUUUAAAAAACAAAUUCAAUUUAUUGUAUAAUUAGAAUUGUAUAAUUAUAAAACUGCAUACUAGUGCAAAAGAAUAAAGAAAAGGAAAUGUAAACAUGAACUUUUUUUCAGUACGUCAUUGCCCUCCCACAUGUGGAAAACCCAUUUGAACACAUCAACCCCCCAAAAUAAAUCAGUUACCAAAAAUAAGAAAGAAAAUACACACAUUUUG